UUGCAUCUCAGCCUUGUCCCUAUUUCCAACAGUAAUCGUGAUGAGCCUUGCCAGGCGGGAAUGCACGCGCAUGCGCUGUUUCUUUUUUUAGCUCUCGGGCUGACUUUUUCUCGACCUUUGUGGCACAACCUAUUUAAGCUGGCCCUUACCCCUUCGGAUAUUUUUCAGCUCAUCCCUUCUAGUAUACAGCUAUAUAGUACUAUCAACCAGAUAUUUCUAUAUAGAGUCGCAUUCAUUACUUAAAUUGAAAUCUGUACGCCCACACCUCGUCCGCAGAUCAGCCCAGUCUAUCCUAUAGAUCAAGAUUCGCCAGCGUCGUUCUACACCAUUUGCAUUACCAAUCCACAUCCUUCGCAGUAAUGUUUCUGAAACUCGCAAUCACCUUAUCAACGCUCUGUUUCAUUUCUUUCGCUGCCGCUGACCUUGACUGCAACCCUCUAAACACCACGGUGACCUGCUCCGCCGAUCCGGCAUUGGGGAAGUCUAUGUACGAGCCAUUUUCCAGUAACAGUUCAUACUUCUCCAAGUCCUCAAGCAUGAAUGGCGGGGAGGUUACCUUUUCCGAGGAAGAAGGGGUGAAAUUGUCGCUUGUUAAGCGUUACGACAACCCCGCCUUGGAGUCUGACUUUUACAUAAUGUUUGGGCGUGUAGAAGCCCAGAUUAAGGUCGCUAACGGUACCGGGGUGGUUUCCUCUUUCUACUUACAAUCUGACGAUUUGGACGAAAUAGACCUUGAGUGGUUCGGCCAAGAUAUCUACCAAACCCAAACCAAUUUCUUUUCAAAGGGUAACACCACCACUUACGACCGCGGAGUCUACUACAACAUGCCGUCGCCGCCACAGUAUGAGUUCUACACCUACACCAUCGACUGGACAAGUGAGAGGUUGGAAUGGUACGUCGACGGAGUAUUGGUUAGAACCUUGUCUAAUGAUUCGAACCAAGGCUAUCCACAGAGUCCUAUGAAGUUGCUCUUCGGGAUCUGGGCUGGCGGUGAUCCAAGUAACGCGGAAGGUACCAUCUUGUGGGCUGGUGGGGAGACUGACUAUGCGGAUGCUCCAUUCUCAAUGUACGUGAAGAAUUUGGUGGUGACCGACUACUCAACAGGUUCUAGUUAUUCCUACAGCGAUACCUCGGGUUCCUGGGAGUCAAUCGUCGCAGCCGGCGGUGCAGUCAAUGGCAGACUUACUACUGGUGAGGAUGAUUUUGAUAGUUUGGUUGCUGAAAACAUUGGUUCGACGUAUGUGAUUGGUUUUGUUCCGGCCACCACUUCCACCUCUACCUCCUCCAGUUCCUCGGAUAGUACCUCCCCCUCCUCCUCUACUCAAACCUCCACUGAAAUCUCCUCCGCCAUGACCUCCUCGUCUACUUCCGCCUCUUCCUCGUCUGCUUCCGCCUCUUCCUCGUCUGCUUCUACUUCUUCCUCGGCCUCUCAUUCCGUCGCUGCUUCUGGAGCCCAGAGAAUCGUAAUGUUGAUUAUAUCAUUAUUUCAAGUACUAUGA